AUGAGGUUUGGUAAAAAGGGAAAGCUGAGUCCAUGCUAUGUAGGGCCAUACAAUAUUAUUCCAAAAGUAGGCCAAGUAGUAUAUGAGUUGGAGCUACCACAAGAGCUUUCAUCAGUUCAUCCUGUGUUUCAUGUCUUAAUGCUUCAAAAAUACAUAGGUGACCCAUAUCGUACUACUCCUACUAAAUAUGUACAAAUUGCGGGAUAUCUCACUUACGAAGAAGUACCCAUUGCUAUUUUGGAUCGACAAGUUAGGAAGUUAAGAAAUAAAGAAGUAGCUUCUGUAAAAGUACUAUGGAGAAACCAACAAGUAGAAGAAGUUACAUGGGAAGUCGAAGAAGCAAUGAAAUUGAAGUAUUCUCACCUCUUCCACACUGGUGAGAACGAACAAAAUGUUAGUGGAGGCGUUGACAAGUAA